CGAACCGCUCAUACAACGAUCGACCGACGUUAGCCUAUGGUACAGGUAGCGAUGACGACGACAACGACUAAUUCAGCAAUAAAUACGACCAUGAUAACAAGGCGUGGAAAGUUUUCAGUAGCCUUCUCCAUGCUGCUACUCUGCAUAGCGCUGCUACUCAACAAGUCCUGCGGCAUUGUGGCACUUAGUACUGAGGGUAGCGGAGCUCUCGCAGUUGGUACAGAUGCCUGGAGUGGCAUCACCACCGCAGGCUUGGACUCAGACUCUCUGACAACGACCACGGAGGAAAACAACGAAAGCGGAUCAGGCAGUGGCAUAGGCCUUACAACCGAUGUCACUAUUGAAGAUUUAACCACAACAACGGCAAGUCCUGAUGAGGAAACAACUACGUCAGCCAACGAUGUCAAUGAAGAGGAUUCAACCACAACGUCGGCAAGUCCUGAUGAGGAAACAACAACGGCAGCCAACGAUGUCAAUAAUGGAGAUUCAACCACAACAACGACAAGUCCUGAUGAAGAAACAACAACGUCAGCCAACGAUGUCAAUAAUGGAGAUUCAACCACAACGACGACAAGUCCUGAUGAAGAAACUAGUACGGCAGCUAACGAGGAAAUAUCAACAAACUCUCCGGAUGAACCAGCUUCUACAACCACAGAGCCGAACAAUAGCGAUGGUGGCGCACCAAUUGAUACCACAACAGUUAACAGCGGCAACGCAGAGGACUCGGACCCUAUUACCACAACUACUUCCAGUGGAAAUGCCAAUGGACAGGAGCCUGUUACUACAACAUUAGUUCCGGAAGCCAGCACCAUAGCGCCAACACCGCCGGCUCCACCUGUCUUUGAGUGUCAAAGUACCGGCCAUUUUGCUCACCUUGAUGGUGACUGCCGACGCUACUACAACUGUCUUCUGGAUGCGCUCACUGGACAGCUGGUGGCUCUGGAACAGGUAUGCCCGCCACUCACAGCCUUCACCCCCCUCUACGGACGUUGCACCCGAGAUCUGGCGGCGUGCAGCGACGAUGGUUUCAAUUGCACUGCUGUAGGACGUUUUAGUGGCAGCGAUGACAGCCAUUACUACAAUUGUGUUCCAAGCCUAUUGGGGGGAUUACACAAGUACCGUGUACGCUGCUCCAUUGGCCAAAGAUUCGAACCAGUUUUGGGCAGAUGUUGGCGUUACGAUUGGACGCAAUUGACUCCAGGCAGUGAGCUGCUUGAGUCUAGCGACUUGGCUGCAAUUAAACGCGAGCAGAAGGCGUUCAAGGCUGAGGAAAAGUUGCGACAGAAGGUGCUCAAGCAGCAGGAGAAACUGGCACUGAAACAGCAAAAGGAGCUGGAGAAACAAGCAAAGAAGGCCGCCAAAGAGCAAGCCAAACAGCAGGCCAAACAAGAAAAGGAAAAGGAAAAGAAUAAGAAUAAGGUACAGUCUGCAGAAAGUGAGCAAUCCGAGGAAGACACAGAAUGGCCCCAACAGCUAGGACCCCAGCCAGAGAACUUCCAAUGUAGCCGCGAGGGAAAUUAUCCACGCCAGAAUCCCCAGCAGUUCUUUGCUUGCGUUAGCCAAAAUGGUCAGUUGCUGACACUGGCCCUGGAGUGUAGAGGUUUGCACAUAUUUGACGCACAGAUAGGCGCAUGCACUCCAAGCAACGAGUAGAACUGGACCAUAAGCCCCUUGUCUUAAGAAUCUAUGUUGGUGUAUUUAACAAAUUUAAUUAUUUUUAUUUUCGUAUUUUGUUGUUAUUUUAGCAUGAAUAAAGCGAUGAGAUCUUUCAAA